AUUCACAUGAGAGGAGUCAAAUCUUUGUUUUUGCUGAAAAUCCAGCUAGAUAGUGUCUUGCAGGUUGCUUUUGCGAUACACAUUAAUGUUUAUUUUGAUGACACGAAAUGAGUUGUUAAAUGAUAAUCCACUUAGACAGUACCACACCAUCAACUCAGUUACCACAUUAGCAUCUCACUUGUUUCAUUUCAUCAUCAAAUUUCAACCCCAAAUGUGUAGGAAAAUCUCGGUUAUGUAAAACUUGUCAGAAGCAGUAUGGGAAACGUUGCGUUUGAUGGGCGAGUGUUGAGAGAGAAGUUGUUGAAACUCAACAAUUCGCAGCAAAGCAUUGAAUCGGUAUCCCGAAUGUGUGUUUCUCACCCGAAUAGAGCAAAAGAUAUAGUUGAAACUUGGAAUAAAUUAUUCAGCUCUUCCAAGAAAGAGCAGCGCGUCCCUUUUUUAAACUUGGCUAAUGACAUCUUGCAAAAUAGUAGGCGGAAAGGCAGUGAGUUCGUUAAUGAAUUCUGGAAAGUUCUUCCAGCGGCUCUCAAGCGUGUUUAUGGAAGUGAUGAGUCGGGAAAGAAAUCAGUAAUCAGACUUAUUGACAUAUGGGAGAGUAGAAAGGUUUUUGGUUCACGAUCUCAGGGUCUCAAGGAUGAAAUAAUGGCUUCCCUUCCAUCAUCAGCAAGCAAUGGAAAUAAUUCAAAUCCUAUCAAGAUAGCUAAGAGGGACGCCCACUCGUUGAGAUUAAAACUAGCUGUUGGAUGUUUGCCAGAAAAAAUAUUAACAGCAUUGCAUUCUGUAAAUGAAGAACAUCCUAAUGAGGAAGCUGCCUUGAACAAGUGUAAAGCUUCUGUAUGUCAAGUGGGUAAAGUUGUAGAAGAUGCUGAAAAUACAUUGUCUCAAGGAAAUCAGUUGGGAUCCACGUUGGUUGACAACUUGCAACAACAGGAAAAGGAGCUUAAGCAAUAUAUGGUGAAACUUGAAAACGCCGAGGCUACCAGGGCUACUUUGCUUUCCCAGCUUAAAGAAGCACUGCAGGAACAGGAAUCAAGGCAAGAACUUGUUCACUCUCAAUUGCAAGCUGCACAAGACCAGAUUGAGCGAGUAGCUAGUAUCAGGAAGAGGUUUAGCCAAGCACCAGAAGCCACAAGGGUGCUGGAACAAAAUAUUCCAUCUGCUCAACCAAAUAGUACCCCUUCUCAGCCUUCUUUUACCCAACCUACUAUGUCAUUUGCUCCUCUCCAAACUACUGAAGAAGAUAAGAAAGCAGCAGCUGCUGCCGUUGCUGCUAAGCUUGCUGCCUCUUCAUCCUCAGCUCUCAUGCUUACAUCUGUUCUUUCUUCCCUUGUUGCUGAAGAAGCUGCCUCAAAGAAUGGUAGUUUAAACUCUACUGGAUUUUCUUCAAUACCACCUGGUUUUCAUCCGGAGAAAAGAUCCAAACUUGAACAGCAAAGGCCUGUUUCUGAUGUCAACAAUUCUGAUCCCGGGAGCUCUUCUUUUUUCGCCACUUUACAACAACAACCUUCUGUGGCAAAUGUGCCACUGACACCACCAACCAUGCAAUCUGUGUCACAAACCAAUCAAUUACAAGGUGCAUUUGGUUCAGUGCUCCCACCCCAUCAUUCACAGAUGAAUCCACUAUCAAAUCAGUAUGUUCAUUCUACCGGAUUGAUGGUCGGGGGAAUUCCUUAUGGAUAUGGAUCAAACAACCUACAACCUCCACCUCCACCUCCUUUGCCUCCACAUGUGGCAAUGGGGUUAACUAGGCCCAACACUCAGCCAUCACAAUCACCUCAAUCACAGGCUCAGCAAGCGCAGCAGCAACAACAUUCGUCAGCUGGAGGAUUUUACAGGCCACCUGGCGCUGGAUUUUAUGGGCAAACCCAUCCAUCAACACCGCCGUCACAGGCACCUAGGCAGUGAGUAUUGUUUAAAGACGAACAGCUAAAAUCGCUGUAACCGAUGUUGUAAGUUCCUUUAGUAAAUUGCUGUAUGCAUAGGAUUUUCUUGGAGGCUGUGUAAUAUGUGUAUAUCAUUAGAGAAUUAGAUACCGCAUGAAUUCUGUAGUGUUGCCCUCUUCUACCGCACUCUUGAAUGAGUCGUAGGUUCUGAUGCCAUUAGCCAAUACUAGACCGUUCUUUAAAGGAAAGAACCAGAAUGAACUGCUGGGGCCCUCACUAGUUUUUACGAAGAACUGAAUACUCUUGUUAUGGUGCAUCAUGUGUGUGGUCCUCUGUCUUCUUGAAGAUGCAUAUUAGCAUGAACAUUAGUAGCUGGUGCUAGGCAGAUCUUAUAGAUGAAUUCUGAGAUGAUUUUUCAUUUCACUGAUCACUGUUAUCCUUGGUAUACUACUAUACUGGAAGUAGUAUCUAAUCUUUCUUGACAGGAUAUGUUGUCAUUUGGGUUGGUUGGGUUUUGCAUGAAAGCCUUGGUAUGAGGUACGCAGACAAGUCCCCUCCUCAAGACAAGGUACAUUAAUGUUUGGUUUUACCUUUGUCCUUGUCUGCGUUAGAAAUUAAAAUUCAAUCAUAUAUAACAAGUGUUUUUUUGGAGCGACUUUCGUAUAAGUCACACUAAAUCAUAUGAGUCCUUGGUAAAUUUGGUGGGACUUAGGAAUUUCAACUAAUAGAAAUGUGCUGGAAAUAGUGUGUUGUAAGCAUAUUAUUCGCAAGUGUAUAUGAGGUCAAGAUAGAACCUCUUUUGCAUAAA